AUGCAGGAACUUCCACUUGAUGAAAUGACCAGCAGCAGGCUUAAAAACAGCCAGGAUGUGUUUUACAGGGGAUCAUCAUCAGGUGCAAACACCCGGACUGCAGAUGACCAUGAAACUGUAGCUGACCAAACACAGUUGGACCCAGCAGAAUGUGUGAGCCUUGCCUCUGAGGAGACCAACCCAGGCGAGCACCGGCCGGGAGAGGAGGCUUCAGCCAUGAUCCUGGAUGUGGAGGGGAAGACAGAUUCGGUCAGUAAAAGGGAGGAGCCAGAGGGCACCGAGCCCCUGCCUGCAGGAGAAGAGAAGAGCUCUGAGCUGCCCUCUGCGUGGCGAGAGGAGAGCAGGGGGCCUUCACCGCCAGCACCGGGAGAAGAUGCUGGGGCACCUUCACCAGGACCAGCAGAGGACAGUGGGCUGGUAGAGGACAGCGACAGCUCUGUAGUGGAAGUCGUCGAGAAAGUACAUGUUACUGAAGAGGACCACUUCAUUGAGGGUGAGACGAGAGAACAGGUGGAAACUGAGCUGGUCAGUGAGACAGUAAGUGAAGGGCCUGAAACAAAAGAAGAGGAAACAGGAGAAGCUGUGGAUAGUGCAGCAGCGACAGAGAUAGAGACAGCUAAUAACAAGGAAUAGAAGUUAUGUUUCAAUGAAUGUCCUCUUCUUGGGCCUGCUCUUCUGUUCAUAUGAACAUUUUAAAAUUUUAUUGGGCUGGGAAAAUAGAAAGGCUUUUAUGGAUUGAACCACAAACUACAAACACAUGAAUAGGAGGCAUAAGAAAAAGUUUUAUGUAAUACAGAUAUUUUGAAGUCAAGCUGCCAAGACUUCAAGUGUUUGAAAUACCUGAACUUCCAUCUCCCUGCCACAGAGUGCCUUCUAUACAUAGCAGGAUAAUAUUUCAACGGGAGUAUAAUCGUUCAUUUUUCAAUUAGGAGUUUUUCCCAGGUUCAGAAAAC